GACAAUCUGCACGACUUAUUACUAACCAUAAUUAAUAUGAUAGUUUAUCCACUUAAUUUGCUUUGCCCAGAAAGAAGAAUUAAGCUAUUUAUUAUUUUAUUUUUGUACUUUUUUGUGUUUACUCCCAGUCGUCCCCACAUUAAAACCCUUGUAACUGCUUAGCGUUCAAACUCUCCUAAUCGUCUUCAGUAAGAGUUAAAUACUUUCUGAGGGGUUUUGUGUUUUUACGGUCUUAACAGUUUAGACCUUAAAAACACAAAACCCCUCAGAAAAUCCCUUUAGUGUCGUAUAUAAUGUCAAUUAUAGGUCGUCGACCUUCGAGACCCUUUUUACGGAUUCUCCUCAAAACACCCUAAGGAUCAGAGUGGGUUAGCACAGUGGGAUUAAAGGUUAACGAUUAAGUAUCGGGGUGUAACAGAGUAAAUCAUCGUAUGAUAUGAUGUAGCUAGAAAUAAGUCAAAACUUCUCCGGGAACUUUUUUCCUUACUCGUUGUUUUUGAGUAAUUGUUUUCCAGUCGGUGAUUACAUGUCAGUGCAAUAAUGCAAAGUCUUAGUCGUGACAUCCCUCUGUGACACAUUGCGGAUUUGUGGAGUGUAAGAUUAGAGCUUUAAAUCUCUGCUUCCCAAUUCGACCGUGUCGAGGCGGGCGGGGCAAUUCCUAGGUGUUGUCUGAACACCAGGAUGGGAUAAAAAGACACUUCAACAUUUGGAUCAUCUGUCUCACACCGGAGAACUUGUAGACGUUGUUUAUGCUCUCCUGGAUGGACUCUCUCUCACCGGAGAACUUGUAGACGUUGUUUAUGCUCUCCUGGAUGGACUCUCUCUUACCGGAGAACUUGUAGACAUUGUUUAUGCUCUCCUUGAUGGACUAUCUCACCGGAGAACUUGUAGACGUUGUUUAUGCUCUCCUGGAUGGACUCUCUCUCACCUGAUAACUUCUAGACGUUGUUUAUGCUCUCCUUGAUGGACUCUCUCUCACCGGAUAACUUCUAGAUGUUGUUUAUGCUCUCCUUGAUGGACUCUCUCUCACCUGAUAACUUGUAGACGUUGUUUAUGCUCUCCUGGAUGCUCUGUCUCACACCGGAGAUCUUUUAGACGUUCUUCCAUCCAUGAUGAACUUCUGUAUCCCAGACAUGUACGAGAUGCCCCACUCUGGGAACGGAGGUUUCGCGGUGCAGGGUGGAGGUUUCGGAGGGGGGGAACACUGCAUGUUUCAAGGUGAAGGUCCUGGGUUCGGAUACUGUGAUUCCCAGCCUCUUCACCACCUCCAGCCGCCUUGCAUGGAACAAACAUGGCCGCCAAGCCAGCAGAUUUCCUGUGCGUUCGCCAGCGGGCCUCCGGCGUUUAAGAACGAGUUUUGCAACCGGGACGUUCCUCUGAGUCACUUCCAACACCAGCAGCAGCCAGAGUUCUUCCCCGAGAUCUCACCUGACUUCGCUCACCUGCAGUGGAUGCAGGGAGAAAACAGGAGAGGGUAUAUUCCCAGUUACCUGGACAAGGAUGAGCUCUGUGUCGUGUGUGGGGACAAAGCCACGGGUUAUCACUAUCGCUGCAUCACCUGUGAAGGGUGCAAGGGAUUCUUCAGGCGGACUAUCCAGAAGAACUUGAACCCGACGUACGCCUGUAAAUACGAGGGAAAUUGCGUCAUCGACAAAGUGACGAGGAACCAGUGCCAGGAAUGUCGCUUCAAGAAGUGCAUCGCGGUGGGAAUGGCAACCGACUUGGUGUUGAACGACAGCAAGAGGCUGGCGAAGAGGAAACUGAUCGAGGAAAACCGGCAACGCCGUCGGAAAGAAGAGCUCCAGAAGACGGUGUGGGAUCGCCAGGAACCGACGCAGGAGGAGUGGGAUCUGAUCCGAAUGGUGACGGACGCCCACAUGACCACAAACGCACAAGGAAACCAAUGGAAACAGAAGCGGAAAUUCCUGGUCGACGAAGCAAUGCUUCUUAAUGAAAUAACAUGUAAUUUAUUCUAUACUUCUGACCAGAGUGCUGCAGGGGUGAAGGAAGAUAAGCCUGAGGAUAUUGGUCAAGCGUCGAUGGUCAAUACGCCGGAAGAAAACAAAGUGGAUAUAGAAGCCUUCAGUCAGUUUACAAAAAUUAUCACCCCUGCCAUAACCCGAGUGGUGGACUUUGCCAAAAAACUGCCUAUGUUUUGUGAUCUGCCUUGUGAAGACCAGAUCAAACUGCUGAAAGGCUGCUGCAUGGAGAUCAUGUCUCUGCGAGCGGCCGUACGAUACGACCCAGAGAGUGAAACCCUGACGCUCAACGGAGAGAUGGCCGUCACGCGAGGACAGCUUAAAAACGGAGGCCUGGGCGUGGUUUCGGAUGCCAUCUUUGACCUUGGCGUGUCGUUGUCGUCCUUUAACUUGGACGACUCCGAGGUGGCUCUUCUUCAGGCCGUUAUCCUGCUUUCAUCUGAUCGUCCGGGCCUGGGCAGCGUGGAUCGGAUCGAGCGUUGCCAAGAGGAGUUCCUGCUGGCCUUCGAACAUUACAUCCACUACCGGAAGCACAAGGUGUCUCACUUCUGGCCCAAGCUGCUGAUGAAAGUCACCGAUCUGAGGAUGAUCGGAGCGUGCCACGCCAGCCGCUUCCUGCACAUGAAAGUGGAGUGUCCCACCGAGCUAUUCCCUCCCCUCUUCCUGGAGGUCUUCGAGGACUGACCAAUGGAUUUUAAUGUGUGUGUGUGUGUGUGUGUGUGUGUGUGUGUGUGUGUGUGUGUGUGUGUGUGUGUGUGUGUGUGUGUGUGUGCCAGCAGAAGGCCUGUCACAAUGAACCCUCUAUUAGCACUACUGAGUGUCACUUCAUUCCAUAGUUUUUAGCUCGCUGGUCUAGUUUCAGAUGAUCCAUUCCUUACAGUGCGGGUACAUGUGAAUAGCAUUUUAUUUGUUUGUUGUUAUUAUUGUUGUGGAUAUAACCUCUCACCUCGGAUUUUACUUACUUUACGUUGGCCUAACUGAAUCAACACUUCGUUAGAAAGAACAUGCAAACAUGUCGUAUUUUCUUUCCUUUUGUUAUGUUGGAGAAAUGGCUGCUCACCUGAUGCACAAAGUCUGCGAUCGAUCCGCCGUUUUGUUUUUUGACUUCAUCGAUGGUGUGUUAACCGUCAGUCGUCCCUCCGGUGAGAGUCAGAGUCUCACCGUCAUACUGUGACCGUUAACACACACUCGCCGGCUUUAUAAGUCUCCAAACAUCACAAAGCGGCGUUCCAGAAAUGUCGGAGGAAUCUGAAUCUACGCCGAAAACCCCGGCAAAUCUUGCUUCUCUCAUAUACAGCAGUAUUACAAGUGGCAGCAACCCUUUAACACCACAGUAUUCAUAAUAAACCUCACACUACUCCUGUCUUUACUGCAGGAAGCUCAACAUUACCUCUGCUCUGCUGCAACUUCUGGAGCAAACAAUGCUAAGUAUAAUGGACUGAGCACUAUGACAGCAAAUAGGGCCAUGCGGGGAAUAGGGAUUUAUUUAUGACGGCAUAUUAAGGCUUUUGCAAAGGCUGCUAUUUUAAAGGGGAUCUUAGUUCUAUGAUUUAAUUAGUUUAUCAACAGGAUAAAUAUUGAAAUAAAAUCCCCUUAUUCCAGCUUUUACAUUUUUAGGAUGUAUUUAAUAUUUGUUAAAUGUUAUAUUAAAUGCUAUACCAUCUGACUUUGUAGCAUAGGUUUGAGCAAAUAAGCAUCGUCUUAACCCUUAAAUGACAUGUUUCCUUAUUUUCUGUCCAAAUAAUCAGGAGAUUCAUCAAUAAGGACAAUUAGAAGCGGUUGCACUCAGAAAGCACUUGAGGCCCUUAGACUCUGUCAUAGCUGUAUCUUGGGAAAUACAAUCUUCCUUGUGUCCAUUUUUCUUUUAUAAGCUACCUGGAAACGCACAAAGUUUAAAACCACAAACUGACCCUCAGUGAUUCAGAUCUCCAACAUGGAAAGGAACGCAGCGUUUUAAAGCAGAUCGUCCUCCAGGUCGCUCCGGCCAACAACUCAAGCACAUACUGACCCUGAAGUCAGGAAGAGACAAUCACACAGUACUUUGUUUUUGUGUAACGGUGCCACAUGCUGUGCCAAAAUCAAGUGAACGAUGCCCUCCAUAUUGAACCCGCUCACACACUGUUUUAGUCCUCGUCAGCAGCUUCAAAACAAUCUUGAAAACAAAACCUGUGUGUUUCAUCUCACUAGAAAUCACAUCUUCUAUAAAAACACGUUAAAUCAGUGCAUCGUCGUGGUGCUAAGGUGGGCUGCAGAUUAUGGGUUGCACAAUUUUAGCAUUCAUUUUGACUGAAAUUGCAAUCACGAUAUUAGAGAUGUUGGAUAUCAGUCUGAGACAUGUGGUCAUGGUGUGGUUUUUAAGAGCAUCUGUACCAAAUAAAGAUAUUUGAUUGGGUCAGUAGAGUACGCUUUGAAGGCUGGGAAGCGUCUAUUGUUAAUCCAGUUUAUAUUUAAUAAGUCAGGCACCGUCCUGUCGUCAUGAGGACGUUGGUGUUAUCUAAACUGGUUUGAAAGAACGAUAGACACGACCAGACUAUCUCUGCGGCACCGCAAUCCAUAAUUCAGAAUAAUAAUUGAAAAUGUUUUGCCAGUAACAACUACUUCACCUCCUGCGAUUUGGAUACUGCACCAAUCCACUUUGCGACUUCUAUAAAAUUGUGCAGCCCUAGUUGCAGAAAUGUUUGUAAAACAGUCCACCACACUUUUAUGUUGGCAUGCAUUUACACUAAAACACUUAUUAGUGUUACACCUGCACAAUAAGCAUGGAUAACAAAUGGGUCAGACCCCCCUGUGACCAGCCAGUGGGAUGUGGUGUCAGUAAGACUAAUCAUCAGCGAGGUACACUGACAGCUGGUGAGGUUUUGAAAUCGUAGCUUUCCUUUCUCUUCUUUGAUCCGGGAUCUUCUGGUAUUGUCGUUUGCAAUGUGACAAAAACACGUUUGCUCUGUAUAUCUCGCUUCCUCCAGCUUCACACUACUCCUCAAAAAGCAGCUUGUGUUUUUUACUUUCUCCUCUUUUUUCUGUGAAGUGAUGCCUUUUUAUCCGAGCAAUAGAUUUGCUGCAGUGUUUGAAUGAACCCGGACCUCACACACACACACCUCGAAAAACUGUAUGAACUCAAAAUAAAUGCACAGACAAUCAGAGGGAGAGACAUGGAGGCGAGAGGAGGGAGCACCAGAGACAUUUUGGAAAAGUAACAUUUGCCACGUUUACAUGCACCCUGUUGUUGGUAGUCUUCUUCAUGUGAGGCUGAAUGGAGCCGCUAAUAAAUGGUAGCAAAAACAAUCAAGAUUUAUUCACUUUGGUUUCAACUUGACGGAUGAAUUAAACCAAUAUAUUGUCAGUUACGACAGGCAGGGAUAAAGUCACAUGAUAAAGUCUAAAAAUGUGGGGAAAUCAGGGCUGGUUGCACAAACGUAUGCACGGUAAGAAGAGUCAUCAUUCUGCUCUUAUUCUUGUCUAAUGGCCCCUUUUUAAAAAACCAAGUACUCCCAGGAACUGAACUCAGGAACUAAAUGAGGACCUAAAAGUCCCCUCGGUGCAUCUUAAGAACCUUGAGCAGCUAAUAACAUUUACUUUGAAAGAAUUAAAAACUUAGCUUGACACCUAUUUUCUUAAAGAUACCACACACACACACACACACACUCAUUUGGUUUGAUGUUCAGCUGUAGUGCAGAAACCACAUUUUGAGAUAAGUCUUAGGAACUUGGCUGCAUGACUUUGUAUACAAGUCAUCAUGUAAAGAGUUUCCCACAAAGCAACAUCUAUUGCUUGCUUCCCGUCUGAAUGAAAUCUGUGGUGUGUUUUAGGUUUGUGUGUUAAACCAUCAUGUGUUCUUCAAAGGCUGCUGGACCUUCUACCUCAGGAGCAGGGACUGAAUGAGUCUCUUAGGUCCUAAAGCUCCUGAGUUUCUGUAAAUAUGUCUGGUUUCCUGCACAGGUAAAGGGCCACAAAUCGCACAAAAUAAAAUAAAAAUCCAACUUGA